AUGAUCAAGGCAAUCUUCUACAGCAAAUUCGACACGCAAGAGGGCCCAAAGGUUGUCCACCAAGUCCCCGAUGGAGCGAUCGUUCCCUCCCCGACGGCACCCGCACAGUCACUCUACCUGACCUUCUCCGACGUCUCCUUCUUCGUGAUUCCCCGCCAGGAGCUUUGUGGAAACCUCCUGCAGGUCUGCACAAAUGGAUAUCGGAUCUUAGGAUACCCAAUUUGCAUGAAGUCAGCACGAUACGAUCGCAAUGAGUUCAUCUUCAACUUCUGCAUCGUCCUCGCUGAAGAGGACGACUUUAGCACAUACAAGAGCGUAGUACAGAAGAUCGCAGAUCUGAUGCACGGCCUGGAGGAGCAGAAUGGCUUUCUGUCCCGCGAUUUCUCUCGGAGUGGGGAGGGUAAGGUGCAUAGUCUCUGUGAAAUGUUGAUGGAGGACUUGAACAACUAUUGCGAGUGCAUGAUUCCUAUUGAUGAGUUGAAUACUCUGAACAUAAAGCUGUUCCCGAUAUAUCCCUCUCCUCCACCUGUCAAGGCCUGGCAUGUACCACUCUUCACAUUGCGAUAUCAGGCCUUUAUGGACGAGAAUUGGGACUUGACCAUGCAGCGGAUUGUCCCUCAUAUCAACGGCAUCAACAGCGUCCGCAUCAUUUCCAUUAUGGCAGACACAGACUUCUCUCUCACUUGCCGUGCACUUCGCCAUCUUCUCUACUACGGCUGUCUAUAUCUCUUAGAUAUAUUCUCUUUUGCGGCCAUCUACGCCCCAACCGCCCAAAUCAGUGCAACGAUCGGCAGCGAUGAAGCAAUGCAGCUAGAAUGUGCCCGCUACGUCAACCUCCACUUCGCACCACAUCUACCAAUAGGCCCAAGCUCCCCCCUCCCUCCAUCCCUCAUUCCAAGUGGAAGCAGCGCAAACGGCAGCGGCACGGGGCCCCUCUCAAGCUCCCUAACAGACCAAGCCUUAAGUCUAAACCGCGACGACUCCCGUUUCGACGCCGAAGAAAUCUGGCCCCUCCUCGGACCCCCAGAAGACACAGACGCCCCGACAAACUACCACACGACCAACAGCAAAAACGCAGCACCCUCCUCAACAAGUGACACAUCCAAAGCCUCCCCAAGCAACCACACAAACCCGCUUCACAAACCAGCAAUAGUAGACGGCGUGGCUCUAGUAGAGCUCUACGCCAGCUUAAAACAAGGCCAAAGCGUCAAACAAUGGUACGCCCAGCAUAGCAGAGCCCUAACAAAUAUCGACAUCCGCCGUUUCAUAACCUUCGGCGUGAUCAAAGGCUUCCUCUACCGCGUGCACAAAUACGCCUGCGCAACAGGCCACACAGCACCCACCCCACGUGGUCCAGGGACAGCCUCGUCGCUCAUGCCCACGCCUAUCCCAACGGCUACGCCCACGCCUGUCGCCACGGGACCCUCGUCACGCGCUACAACCGGGACAACGACCCCUUAUACUGUUUCCAGUGUUGGGGACGAAGCGCCUUUUUCGGGACGGGAAUCUAGUCGGGAGCGGGCUGGGUCUGUUUUGAGCGGCGGGAGGAGUGGGCAUGGCAGUGGGCAUGGCAGUGGAAAUGGACAUGGGAUUGGGGCGGGUUUCUUUGAGGAGUAUGAGGUUGAGGAGGUUGAUGAUCGGGUUUUGGAGAGGUAUCUUGAUGGGACGCAUUGUUUUGAUCAGAUUUGUACCGAGUUGGAGCUUAGUGAGAGGGAGUUGACGGCUAGGUUGAAGAGAUACCCUGGGGAGGUGUUGAUUUUGCAUCGGUGA